UAAAUGUAAUUUAGUAUGCGCCAGACUCUCGCAAGAAACAUACCAAACACCAAUCUCGAUUCGCCUUUGAGACCACGCAGGAAAAGACCAGAUGCUGAUAUCGCAACUGCUUUCAUAGGAUCGGACGGGAAAGGACACUCGAACUAUAUAUAACUGAAUCAUUUUCUCGUCGCUGGCUUCAAGACGACUUGAUCUGCGUUGCUUUAACAGGAAUUCUAAGGCUCUGGACUGAAAGUUACACGGCGACAACGCUAUUUGGCUUCUUUAUCAAAACAGUAUUUUCAAGAAAGCCUUCGAACAACGACGUUUAAUUCGUCAGCCGAAGGUUUCCUUUUUCUGUUAAAGAAGUUCAGGCUUUACAAGGAAACGCCAGCUAAUUUGGCUGCUGUCUUUUAACUAGACGAGAACAAAAGACUCCUGUUAAGUAAAUAAACACUUUUGUCUGGUAUCAAUUCUUCAUCCAGUGUUUUUGUCGAGCGAGGAUUGCAGAAAAGGCCCCUACACGUCUGUUUCUCAUUGGAUUAAUAUCGUGCGGAAUUUUCGGUGGCAUUUGGGAUAUAUUUUCAGCGAUUCUGUUGCUUCGCCCGUGUUGAAAUCUGUCGCCUUUUUUCUGUACAUCAUCGGUACGAAAAUUGGAUAGAUUGCGGCUCAAAAAACGACAAGUCGUCGAACAGAAGGAGAUAUUGCAUAUAAAAUUCUUCGAAAGGAAUUUGUGCCUUGUUGACAGAAAUCGGAGUGUUAUAAAAAAAAGGAUACUGUGUGGAUAAUUAUACUUGACUUGUUUCUGAUCUAAAUGGCUUCGGCGUUUGUCACGGUUGUUUUGCUGUCGAUAUUCGUUGUUUCAAGUCGUGGGACCCAAGUGCAAUGGUCAAUUUCAUUGCCUGACAAAUGUCUUGUGAAUGAUACGGUCUCUGGUACUUGUGUACGCUCCAGGACGGUCCAGUGUGUGAAGGCGCUUAGCGGUCAGCAGAUCCCAGAUUAUUACUGCGAAGGCGUCUCGGUCAAGCCUUCGUCGUUUAUCAAAUGCGACAAAUGUCCCGGACGUUGCGUCGUGAGCGUGUGGUCGUCCUGGGACGGAUGUGAUGUCGCGUGCUCACGAAAGUUCCGUUACCGAACGCGUAAUAUUCUUUGGCGUGAUAACGAUGCGGUCACGUGCCCACCGCUACUUGAAAAAAGCCCUUGCUCCCAGUGCGCGGGAAAUUCCAACGAGUUUUACAUGUGGAUGGUUACGGACUGGGGAAAUUGUCGCGCUUUUGCAACGGAACGGGUUUUCAAGCUCGGCGUCAACCAAUCAGAUGUCGCGCCAAGCGGAAGUAACGUGUGCGGAUCGGUUAUAAAAAUCGGCAAGGCAACUCGGAAGGUGAAGUGCGUCGACACGAAAGGAGUUGAGCAUAAAGUGCGCAAUUGUUUGAAUUCGAAAGAUAAAGACGGCCGAAUCACGCAACGUCCUGAUCGGAGCAAGGUGUGCGAAUUGCCAUGUGAUUGUCACGUGGCAGCGUGGGGUGAGUGGAGCGGUUGCCCAGACGACUGUAGCCGAUCGGAAGAAUCUCGAACGCGGGGAAUAUUGUUCCCGCCCCAAAAUGGUGGAAAGGCAUGUGGAGAUUUGGUGGAGAAACGCAAGUGUAGUAUAAAGUGUCAAAGUUACAAGUGGCACGUGUCUGAAUGGGGGGCUUGUGGAAACCUUGGGUACGGUGAGCCUCGAUGCAGAAACAGCUAUCAAGAACGGGUCGUGUUUUGCAUCAAAUCGGACCCAGCAGUAAAAGCUAGUGAUGUUCGACCUGUCGCGGACCAUCUCUGUGAUGUCGUCGCCAAACCUGCCGCUAGGCAGCCAUGUCGGACCCCGUGUCCGCGUGACUGUUUGGUCAGCAGUUGGAAUCCGUGGCAACCCUGUUCGAUUUCCUGCGGGGGAUUCGGAGUAAAGAUGCGGGUACGGACUGUUCUGCAGACAUCCCGAGACGGCGGGCUCGAAUGCCCGAGUCUUGCGCAAAUGUUACCCUGUGAAGUGACGCCCUGCGCGUCGUGGGUUUCCAAAAAUUGGAGUCCUUGUCUUAGUACAAAAAUGUGUGGCAAGGCUCAACAGCACCGACUUGUCUUCUGUAAAGGAGCAGAUGGUACUUGGAAGGCUGAUCGCUUUUGUGAACAUGUUCGUAAACCUGUUCGAACUAGGAACUGUACCACACCCUGUCCCGAAGAUUGCGCUUUAGGCGACUGGGGUUCCUGGGGGGCGUGUUCGAAACCGUGCGGCGCACAGGGGGGUGUGCAGUCUAGAAAACGCAGCAUCCUGGCCUAUCCCAGCUCGACACGGCUCGCGUGCCCGUCCGAGGAUAAGCUGAUGGAGACGCAACGUUGCAAUGUCGGUAAGGUAUGCGAACCCGAAUCGAUCUGCAUGUGGAAGACGACCACGUGGAGUUCAUGUGAAGCCCGUGUGAACGGUACCUGCGGAACUGACACGGGGGUACAAAAGCGCGAAGUGCUCUGUGGGAAUGACAUGAAAAACUUCACCAAUGAAACACUCUGUGCUAAGAUGUCCAAACCAGCUGCACUUAAGACUUGUGAUGUCCGGUGUCCGAAAAAUUGUGUACUCAGUAAAUGGCAAGAUUGGACGGAAUGUAAUUCUACAUGCGGAAUGCAAGGUACUCAGACCAGCAGAAGAUACGUUCUCCAAUACUCUGAAAAUAACGGGCUCGCUUGUCCAAAUACGACUUCCAAUAGCGUUGAAGUAAAAAUCCGACCAUGUUGGACUAAACAGCCUUGUUACAAAUACACUUGGAGUGUGACCCCCUGGAAGAAAUGCAUGCUUCUACCCCAGUCGAAAUUAACCCCGCCUACCUGCGGCGCGGGUUACCAGACAAGAAACGUAUCGUGUCUGCGAUCUGACGGAAAGCUCGCGGAAACAUCGCAUUGCUUGGAGUCGAGUAUGAAUAUGCCUCCAAAGACUUUAAAGGAAUGCUGGAAACCAUGUGACAACCACUGCGUAAGAACAAGCUGGUCAGACUGGUCUUCAUGCCCGAACAGAUGUACUCAGAGCGCUCUGACCCGAAGGAGGACACGUCAAGUUGUAAACCUCAGCCCUGCCCGUGGUGGCUUUGGUGCUACGUGCCCAAAACUCACUGCUUUGGAUUUCACGGAAACUAAGGAUUGUCCUAAAAUGCCGUGCAAAAGCUACAAAUGGUAUACCGCACCGUUUACCAGUUGUAUUCCGAAAGACACUGUGGCGAACUGUGGACGAGCCAUUAGGGAGCGACGCGUCUUGUGUCUUGACCAAUCAGAUCGUAGCAUUGUCGCCGAAUCAUUUUGCGACCAAUCAAAGAAGCCGAACUCUCAGGAGGACUGCUUCGUACAGUGCGCUCAAGACUGUGUGGUUGCCUCCUGGGGUAAAUGGGAUCGGGCGUGUUCGAAUACCUGUGGAGACACCCUUCGAACGCGCCAAAGAACCGUACUGAAACAGCCUUUGGGGCUUGGAAGAGCGUGUCCAUCGCUUAUAGACAAACAGCUAUGUCGUGAACUGGAAUGCACUUCGUUUACGUGGUCGGUUGGCAUUUGGAGUACUUGCAAACUUGCGAGGAAUGGUAGUUCUUGUGGUAAUGGUACCCGUAGCCGACAAAUUGUCUGUCAACCAGAUCCGGCUCGCGAGUGGAUUUGCAAGAAGCAGGCGCCGAAGCCAGCCCAGACCGAAAAUUGCACCCUCGCAUGUCCAGGCGAAUGCGUUAUGGGUGACUGGGGUGAUUGGAGUGAUUGUGUACAAGGCAUGGAUAGAUGUUUCGCCCAGAGAUGGCGAACGAGGUUGAGGCAAGGGGAUCGCGCUAACCCGAAGAAAUGUGGAGAUCAUGAAGCUGAGUCUAAGAAUUGCAGUUGCCCGGGGGGAGGAAGCAUUGUUACCAGUGAUUGGUCGACGUGCAUAUUGAAUGAAAAACGUGGAGUUAAUUGUGGAAAAGGUAUUCAGUACAGAUCGGUGAAAUGCGAGGGUGAAAACGGAACAAUAAUUGACAAGAAAAAUUGCCCGUACUUCGACACGACGCCUCGUUCACGUCGAUGCUCAAUACCGUGCCCCGUUGAUUGCGUCAUGGGAGCCUGGGGAGAAUGGUUACGCUGUACAAAUUUUUGCGCCCUCGAUGCUAAAAUGCAACGAUCAAGAAACGUUUUGCUGGUUGAACAGAAUGGUGGGAGAAAGUGCCCGAACAUGACACAGUCCCGGCCGUGUAACGUGGCCCCCUGUUACACAUACAGCCUGUCCCUUGGGAUGUGGUCCAAGUGUUAUGUUGAUGGUCAGGGUUGUGGACAGGGUAGUCAGACCAGAGAAACGACCUGUCGUAGGAAUGACGGUGAAAUUGUUGCCCUACAUUUUUGUUUCCAUGAGUUUAAAACGUCGUCGGAUGAUACAACGAAACUUCAGGUACUCCGUGACACCAUAAACAACGGCUCGCAACUAUCGUUGACGUCAACACGUAUCUGUGAUGUGGUUUGUCCCGGUGACUGCUUUAUGUCACAAUGGAGUGACUGGAGCAAGUGUGGAAAAAGCUGUUUUGGGAAUUUAACAGGAGCUCACCAGACAAGAACUCGUGUAGUCAUCUUAUCGGCAGACGCCGGUGGUAAAGCGUGUUCCUCCGACCUCGUCCAAACACGGGCAUGUCAGCCUGUUGCCACGGCAACGGCUUGUGUUGGCGCACAGUGGAGAACUGGUGCCUGGCAAGGGAAUGAAACAAGAGCUGUCUGGUGUGAGACCUCAAGUGGCUUGAUGGUUACUGGAGCGUGCGCGGAACAGAAUAAACCUUCUGAAACAAAAUUCUGCAGUCCAAAAUGCUCAGAUCCAAAUUCGUUGUGCCAGGAAGGCAGAUGUGUAUGUAAACCCUACUACGAACUCUUCCAGAGCCAAUGCAUUCCGACGCAAGGCUGUUUGCGCGAUGGCCAUUGUAUUAAAGAACACACCGUUUGUAAAAACGAGAAGUGCAGAUGCAAAACUAGCUAUGGUUGGAACGCGACGUCUCAGUCUUGUAAACCAGUGCAGGGAAUGUCGACAGAAGAGUCUACUACGGUUGCAGUUCGAACAACCACAUUGCAGGAAAUCUCGACAAAGAGUGCAACCAGUGAUGUUGACACGACGAAGAAACUGGAGCCUACAAAGAUUAUUAGUACCAAACAAAUUGAGAAAAAAACUACUACUACCAAACAGAUUGAGAAAAAAACUACUACUACCAAACAAAUUGAGAAAAAAACUACUACUACCAAACAAAUUGAGAAAAAAACUACUGCUUCCUCUGAAGAGAAGAUUGGUGGAGGUAGCAAGACGACUGAUGGCAAAAUGACUGAUGAGAAGAAGAGGAUCUCGACAACGAAGAAUCCGCACAAAAACAAAGAAGCAUUGAAUAAGGAUAAAGAAACUAUUUCACCAGAAUUCUGGAAAUGGAUUGGAAUUGGUAUUGGUGCUCUGGUAUUUUUCCUUGUUCUGGCCAUUGGGUUUUACUGCUAUUCGAGAAGGCAAAGAAAAGCCAAACAUAAGAUGAUGAAGUUAAAACGAAACACAAUUGAGCUCGUUGGAGUGCUAACUUACGAAGACGGGGAGAAUAACAAGCCCAGAAAAGUGUGAAAUUCAACACAUUUGAUGGGAGUAACUAUUGAUAACAGUGGUUAUGACUACAAUAGAAAUAAAUGAACAGAAAUGGUGGAUGGCAGUACUUGGAUAGCAGACGAUGAUGAUCAUUGACUGCGAUGGACAUAUGGGUUCAUUUGUGAUUGAUAAUAAUGGAUAAUAUAGGAAAAUUGAGGAUAGAAUAAGAUUGGAGAAUCUCAACGUUGUACACGAGCUUCUUACCUUUCAUAUAUAAUUCUACUAUUUAGAAUUUUCAAAUUAAUAAUGUAAAUACUCUGAAAAAUGAUAGAUACAGCGUGUUCUAAACAGUUGUGGCCAAACAACCAUGAUUUGAAUUCCCUAUAAUUCAUCGAUAAAGAUGACAAAAUUGAGGACGUUUUGUCUUUCAAUCAAUAGGCGUCAUUCUUGAAGGAGUAUUUCAAAAAUAUUAAGACUUUAUGUCAAAUUAUUUCAAAAAUACUAUGACUUUGUGGUUGUUUGGCCAAGAGUGAAUUCAAAACAAAAGAUAAUAAUAAUGAAGUAUAUUUUACGUAAGAUUUGUGAGCAGGAUUCAAUAAAGUAUUUGUGUAUUUAUAAAUGUUUGUAUCGAGUUUUUCAAU